AUGCAAGUCCUCCUCCUGCUCGCAGCAGUAGGGUUUUGCUGGGCGCAGUACAACCCUAACACUCUCUCUGGGAGGACGUCUAUUGUGCAUCUCUUUGAAUGGCACUGGGCCGAUAUUGCUCUUGAGUGUGAACGCUAUUUAGCUCCUAAUGGAUUUGGAGGAGUUCAGAUUUCACCUCCAAAUGAAAAUGUUAUCAUUACUGACCCCUGGCAACCAUGGUGGGAAAGAUACCAGCCCGUCAGCUACAAGCUGUGCACACGAUCUGGGAAUGAAACUGAAUUUAGAGACAUGGUGACCAGGUGCAACAAUGUUGGAGUACGUAUUUAUGUGGACGCAGUAAUCAACCAUAUGUGCGGAGCUAAUGCUGGUGCUGGCAACCAUGCUACUUGUGGAAGCUAUUUCAAUGCAAAGACUGAAGAUUUUCCCGCUGUGCCAUAUUCUGGCUGGGACUUUAAUGAUGGUAAAUGUAAAUCUAGAAGUGGAGACAUUGAGAAUUAUCAUGAUAUAUCUCAGGUCCGAGACUGCCGCUUGGUUAGCCUUCUUGAUCUGGCCCUGGAGAAGGACUACGUACGCUCAAAAGUUGCCGAGUACAUGAACUACCUCAUUGAUAUUGGCGUAGCAGGCUUCCGGAUUGAUGCUGCCAAGCAUAUGUGGCCUGGGGAUCUGAAGGCGAUUUUAGACAAGCUGAAAGAUCUAAAUACUAGAUGGUUUUCUGCAGGAACAAAACCUUUCAUUUACCAGGAGGUAAUUGACUUGGGCGGCGAGCCGAUCAAAGGCAGUGACUACUUUGGAAAUGGCCGAGUGACAGAAUUCAAAUACGGUGCAAAACUGGGGACAGUGAUCCGCAAGUGGAACGGAGAAAAGAUGGCCUACUUGAAGAACUGGGGCGAAGGGUGGGGCUUUGUGCCUUCCGACAGAGCCCUGGUCUUUGUGGAUAAUCACGACAACCAGCGGGGUCACGGGGCCGGCGGAGCUUCCAUUCUAACCUUCUGGGACCCCAGGCUUUAUAAAAUGGCAGUUGGUUUCAUGCUUGCUCAUCCGUAUGGGUUCACGCGUGUGAUGUCAAGUUUUCGCUGGCCAAGAUCUUUUGUAAAUGGACGGGACGUCAACGACUGGAUCGGACCGCCGAGUAACUCGGAUGGAUCAACAAAGCCUGUUACAAUCAACGCAGACACUACCUGUGGCAACGGCUGGGUUUGUGAACAUCGCUGGCGUCAAAUAAAGAACAUGGUUGUCUUCCGUAACGUGGUGGACGGUCAGCCUUUCUCCAACUGGUGGGACAACGGCAGCAAUCAAGUAGCUUUUGGCCGUGGUAAUAAAGGCUUCAUCGUUUUUAAUAAUGAUGACUGGUCUUUGAAUGUAACCCUGCAGACUGGUCUGCCUGCUGGCACUUACUGCGAUGUCAUUUCUGGGCAAAAGAAAGGUGACUCCUGUACCGCAGUUGAAGUUCACGUUGCUGCUGAUGGCGUGGCUAAUUUCCUGAUUAGUAACGAGGAUGAAGACCCAUUCAUUGCAAUUCACGUUGACGCCAAAUUGUAACCAGAUCUGUGGUGCACGUGUUGUUUCUUCUCUUCUGUAUUUUUGCUGACAGCGUACAAGGUGGUCUGAUUCUCUUGGCUCUCCAGCACCGAAUGAACCCUGACAGAGCGAAGUGCAUGAGCUUGUAUUAGUGAAAUAGCGAGUAGCUGCUGUACAGAGACAGGAGCUAGUGGUGCUAGCGCAGAUCUGGAAGAGGCGGUAUACGCCCGCUUGCCUUUGUAAUUGCGCUUUAUUCAGUUAAAGUACUAAUAAAAAAUGAAAGGAGA